AUGUUUGAAACCCAACCUAAAAUUAUAAUCAGUUUGACAAAUUACUCUUCCAUUUUCUCAAAUUUAUCAUCUCCUUCCUCUUUAAGGCUCUCUCACUCCUUGUUCCCCUUUAAUACUCUCUUUCCCUUUGAGACACUCUCACUCCUUCUCCCCUUUAAUACUAUCUUGCUCUUUGAGAUUCUCUCUCGCUCUUCGUUUCCCUUUGAGACUCUCUCUUCAUUUCCCUUUGAGACUCUCUCUUCGUUUCCCUUUGAGACUCUCCCUCUCUCGACUCUCUCCCUCUCUCGGUUUCCCUUUGAGACUCUCUCUCCCUCUCUCGACUCUCUCUCCCUCUCUCGGUUUCCCUUUGAGACUCUCUCUCCCUCUCUCGGUUUCCCUUUGAGACUCUCUCUCCCUCUCUCGACUCUCUCUCUCUCUCGGUUUCCUUUGAGACUCUCUCUCUCCCUCUGGUUUCCCUUUGAGACUCUCUCUCUCUCAGUUUCCUCUCUCUUGUUCCCCUUUGAGACUCUCUCCUCUCGACUCCCUGGGUUUUUUGACUCUCUCGGUUUCCCUUUGACUCUCUCUCUGUUUCCCUUUGACUUCCCCUCUCUGGUUUCCUUUGAGACUCUCUCCCUCUUUGUUCCCCUUUGGCCUCUCUCUCUCCCUCUCUCUUUGUUCCCCCUUUCCCGCUCUCUCCCUCUCUUUGUUUCCCCUUUGGCCUCGCUCUCUCUCUCUCUUUGUUUCCCCUUUGGCCACUCUCUCUUUGUUCCGUAUCUCUCUCUUCGUUCCCUUUUGCCUCUCUCGCUCUCUCUCUCGUUUCCCCUUUGGCCGCUCUCUCUUCGUUUUUUCCGUUUUUUUGGAGCGCUCUCUCUUCGUUUUCCCUUUGACGCUCUCUCUUCGUUCCCCUUUGACGCGCUCUCUCUUCGUUCCCCUUUGACGCGCUCUCUCUUCCCAUUAAACACAUCCCUUCUUUCUUUCUUGCCUUUCUUCCCUUUCUUUCUUUCUUGCCUUUCUUCCCUUUCUUUCUUUCUUGCCUUUCUUCCCUUUCUUUCUUUCUUGCCUUUCUUCCUUUCUUUCUUUCUUGCCUUUCUUCCCCUUUCUUUCUUGCCUUUUUUUGCCUUUCUUCCCUUUCUUUCUUUUUCUUUCUUGCCUUUUUCUUUUUUCCUUUUUCCCUUUCUUUCUUUUCUUUCUUCCCUUUCUUUCUUUCUUUUCUUUCUUUCUUGCCUUUCUUCCCUUUCUUUCUUUCUUGCCUUUCUUCCCUUUCUUUCUUUCUUCCCUUUCUUUCCUUUCUUCCCUUUCUUUUCUUUCUUCCCUUUCUUUCUUUCUUGCCUUUCUUCCCUUUCUUUCUUUCUUUUCUUCCUUUCUUUCUUUCCUUUCUUCCUUUCUCUUUCUUUCUUUCUUCCUUUCCUUUCUUGCCUUUUCUUUCUUUCUUUUUGCCUUUCUUGCCUUUCUUUCUUUCUUGCCUUUCUUCCUUUCUUUCUUUCUUGCCUUUCUUCCUUUCUUUCUUUUUGCCUUUCUUCCCUUUCUUUCUUUCUUGCCUUUCUUCCCUUUCUUUUUUCUUUUUCUUUCUUUCUUCCUUUCCUUUUUCUUUCUUUCUUUCCUUUUCUUCCCUUUUCUUUCUUUCUUGCCUUUUUUUCUUUCUUUUUGCCUUUUUCUUUCUUUCGAGCCUUUCUUCCCUUUCUUUCUUCCUUUCUUUCCCUUUUUCUUUCUUUCUUGCCUUUCUUCCUUUCUUUCUUUCUUUCCUUUUUUUCUUUCUUUUUCUUUCUUCCUUUCUUUCUUUCCCUUUUUCCCUUUCUUUCUUUCUUGCCUUUCUUCCCUUUCUUUCUUUCUUCCCUUUCUUUCUUUCUUGCCUUUCUUCCCUUUCUUUCUUUCUUGCCUUUCUUCCCUUUCUUUCUUUCUUGCCUUUCUUCCCUUUCUUUCUUUCUUGCCUUUCUUCCCUUUCUUUCUUUCUUGCCUUUCUUCCCUUUCUUUCUUUCUUGCCUUUCUUUCUUUCUUUCUUGCCUUUCUUCCUUUUCUUUCUUUCUUGCCUUUCUUCCUUUCUUUCUUUCUUGCCUUUCUUCCCUUUCUUUCUCUUUCUUCCUUUCUUUCUUUUUUCUUCCUUUUUUCUUUUUCUUUCUUCCUUUCUUUCUUUCUUGCCUUUCUUCCCUUUUCUUUCUUUCUUUUUUGCCUUUCUUUUCCCUUUCCUUUCUUUCUUUCUUGCCUUUUUCUUUCUUUCUUGCCUUUCUUUUUCUUUCUUGCCUUUCUUCCCUUUCUUUCUUGCCUUUCUUUUUUCUUUCUUUUCUUCUCUUUUCUUUCUUUCUUGCCUUUCUUCUUUCUUUCUUUCUUGCCUUUCUUCCUUUCUUUCUUUCUUGCCUUUCUUUCUUUCUUUCUUUUCUUUCUUCCCUUUCUUUUUCUUUUGCCUUUCUUCUUUCUUUCUUUCUUGCCUUUUCUUCCUUUCUUUCUUUCUUUUUUUUCCUUUCUUUCUUUCCUUUUUCUUUCUUUCUUUCUUGCCUUUCUCUCUUUCUUUCUUUCUUGCCUUUCUUCCUUUCUUUUCUUUCUUGCCUUUCUUUCUUUUUCUUUUCUUGCCUUUCUUCCCUUUUUCUUGCCUUUCUUUUUUUUUUCUUGCCUUUCUUUCUUCUUUUCUUUCUUUCUUUCUUCCCUUUUUCUUUCUUGCCUUUUUCUUUCUUUCUUUUUGCCUUUCUUCCUUUCUUUCUUUCUUUCCUUUCUUCCUUUCUUUCUUUCUUGCCUUUCUUUCUUUCUUUCUUGCCUCUUCCUUUCUUUCUUUCUUGCCUUUCUUUUUCUUUCUUUCUUGCCUUUCUUCCCUUUCUUUCUUUCUUGCCUUUCUUCCCUUUCUUUCUUUCUUGCCUUUCUUCCCUUUCUUUCUUUCUUGCCUUUCUUCCCUUUCUUUCUUUCUUGCCUUUCUUCCCUUUCUUUCUUUCUUGCCUUUCUUCCCUUUCUUUCUUUCUUGCCUUUCUUCCUUUCUUUCUUUCUUUCUUUUCUUUCUUUCUUGCCUUUCUUCCCUUUCUUUCUUUCUUGCCUUUCUUUCUUGCCUUUCUUCCUUUCUUUCUUUCUUGCCUUUCUUUCUUUCUUUCUUUCCCUUUUUCUUUCUUUCUUUUGCCUUUCUUCCUUUUCUUUCUUUUCUUGCCUUUCUUUCUUUCUUUCUUUCUUUCUUUCUUCCUUUCUUUCUUUCUUGCCUUUCUUCCCUUUCUUUCUUUCUUGCCUUUCUUCCUUUCUUUUUUUUCUUUCUUCCCUUUCUUUCUUUUUCUUCCUUCUUUCUUUCUUGCCUUUCUCCCUUUCUUUCUUUCUUCCCUUUCUUUCUUUCUUUCUUCCCUUUCUUUUUUCUUGCCUUUUUCUUUCCUUUUCUUUCUUGCCUUUCUUCUUUCUUUCUUUCUUCUUUCUUUCUUGCCUUUCUUUCCCUUUCUUUCUUUCUUCUUUCUUCCCUUUCUUUCUUUCUUGCCUUUUUUCUUUCUUUCUUUCUUUCUUUCUUUCUUCUUCUUCCCUUUCUUUCUUUCUUGCCCCUUUCUUUCUUUCUUUUUCUUUCUUGCCUUUCUUCCCUUUCUUUCUUUCUUUCUUUCUUCUUUCUUUCUUCCUUUCUUUCUUUCUUUCUUGCCUUUCUUUCUUCUUUCUUUCUUUCUUUCUUUUCUUUCUUUCUUGCCUUUUUCCUUUCUUUCUUUCCUUUUUCUUUCUUUUCUUUCUUCCUUUCUUUCUUCCUUUCUUUUUUCUUUCUUUCUUUCUUCCCUUUCUUUCUUUCUUGCCUUUCUUCCCCUUUUCUUCUUCCCUUUCUUGCCUUUCUUUCUUUUCUUUUUCUUCCCUUUCCUUUCUUCCCUUUCCUUUCUUUCUUUCUUGCCUUUCUUUCUUUCUUCCCUUUUCCUUUCUUCCCCUUUUUUUGCCUUUUCUUUCUUCCUUUCCUUUCUUUCCUUUCUUCCUUUCUUCCCUUUCUUUCUUUCUUGCCUUCCCUUUCUUGCCUUUCUUGCCUUUCUUGCCUUUCUUCCCUUUCUUGCCUUUCUUCCCUUUCUUUCUUUCUUGCCUGCCUUUCUUGCCUUUCUUGCCUGCCUUUCUUGCCUUUCAUUUUCUCAUUGA